UGAGUGGCAAGCUGUCAAGGUCCUCUGACCGUCUCCUAAUUCGUAAGGAUUGAUAUCAUUUCUGAUGACGGACGAGAUGACAAAUGACCAGUGACAGAGACAGUCAUGUUAACGUUAGCAGUGUCUAUCCUCCAUAGAUUUGGGCGCCUCCCUAGAAUGCUUCGUUAUUCCCAUUCAUUGGUUUGUUUUAUAUGCUGAAUACAAUAUGCUUGUCUUUAGCUAGUUCAACUAGCCUAUUGUUAGCUCUAUGUCUAUGUUGUAACGUUAGCUAGUUGUUCAUGUAACGUUAACAUCCAUAUAUUUUCGUUACAGUAAUUUAUGAGGUUAUCUUACUGUUUUUUGCUGUCUGGCGCAUUCUGGGUUAACGUUAUUUCCGGUUGGUGUCCCAAGAACCUUUGACACCGUUGAUAAGUUUCUGCCAAACUUAUCACAAGUGCACUAGCUAUGCGAAUAAAAGGUAAUUCCCUUCCCUGGCCUUUGUUUUGCCCAAUGGCACCGCCGUUCACCACCGUUUGUGUCUACGUCAAAAGUGUCACACCCAGAUCAUGUGGUCAGCCAAAAAUGUAACCGUAACUUUAGAGAUGAAAUCCUCCGUGAUGGAGCGACAGAACUAGCUACGGGCUCACAGACCACAGAGCCGAAUAACCAAGCCUGUCUGCUGCCUGAGGAUAAUGUUGGAGUGACAGAGCACUGCAGGCUUCCCUGCCCACACAGGUGUAGGCUACUCGUCAUCUGCUCAGGGGGGCUGUCGCCACCAGGUAGGUUUUAACAGGUACGGCCAAGCAUCGUCCCGGUGCUACCAUCCUAAACCCUUUCCUCCCGGGACCAUUGAGAUGCACCGUUAACGUUUCGGUGGGACUUCCUUUCGGACUCUGAGAUGAACUUAAAGUGGACAGUAAAACGAUUUCUUCUUAUGUCGUUUUCAAUCUCCCACUUGCUGUUACUUGAGGGAGCUCAGACCCGACUUUCAGUGGCAGAAGGAAGACUACAGAGAAGGGCUAAUGCACUUCGGAGGAAACGGGAUCUCCUCGGGGAGGAGGUUGGUACACUACACCUAAGAGAACCAGAGGAGACAUACAGACCGCUGCUGUCGGAGGGUUCUCUCUCACGCAGCAUUUUACACAACUACACAGCCAGAGAUGCCUCUUCAGAAUAUUGCGGCUGCCUCAAUGGUGGCUGGUGUCAGGAGGGCGGUGUGUGUGACUGUGCUCAAUUCCAGGCACUGGGAGACCGCUGCCAGAUCAUACCUAACCAGGGCCAGGAUAGGGACGGCAUCUGCAGGUCGUGGGGUCAGAACCACUACGAAACAUUUGAUGGAAUCUACUUCUACUUCCCUGGAACCUGCUCUUAUAUUCUGGCCCAGGACUGCCACUCAGCUGCACCACAGUACACAGUGUGGGUCCACAACAGCAGAGUGUGUGAUGGGAGUUUGUAUUCAUGCCCAAGAGCUCUCAGUCUGUUCUUCCCAAAUGAGGAGGAGAUCCACAUCUCUGGAUAUCAGGUCCACCAGGGAGGCCGCAGGUUAAGUCUGCCUCAGACUGUAGGCGGUCUGUUUAUUGAGCGACUGGCUGAUUACCUGCUGGUGAAGAGUGUGUUUGGCUUCUCUUUGGCCUGGGAUGGAGGCUCGGGCGUCUACCUGAAGAUGAGUGAGGAGCACCAGGGUGCCCCCUGUGGCCUAUGUGGAAACUUCAACCACCUUGCUGGCGAUGACCUCACCACCUCCCGUGGCAUUCGGACAGAUGAGCCUGCAUUGUUUGCUAACAGCUGGGCAGUGGACCUGCCUCAUGAGAGAGCCUGUCCCUCAGUAGACCUCGACUUCAAUGGGCCCUGCCAUUCUGAGUCAGACAUGGAUGAUGCCAUAGAGAAAUGCAGCGCACUUCUCUUCUUCCCAUUUUUGUCCUGUCAUGAAAACAUUGACCCAAAUCCCUUUGUGGCCAGCUGUGUGUCUGACCUCUGUGUAUCUGAUGAUGAGGAAACAUUUUGUCGCGCUUUGGUUGAGUACACUCGAGCUUGCUCACAUGUUGGAUAUCCAGUAAGAGAGUGGAGAGACAGCUUCCCUUCUUGUAACGAUGGCUGUGAGGAGAGUUUUGUCUAUAGAGACUGUAUCAGUUGUUGCCCACCCACCUGCACAUUUGAGAAAGAGUGUCUGGGAACCAACUUGCAUUGUCUGGAUGGCUGCUACUGCCCUGAUGGUCUUAUCCUACAAAAUGGAACAUGUAUCGCUGUUUCUCAGUGUCCAUGUGUUUACCAUGGUACAUCAUAUGUACAAGGACAUGUGCUUCAACAAGGAUGUAGUGUUUGCGUGUGCAUGGGAGGAGUGUGGAACUGCACUGAGAACAACUGCACAGUGGAGUGUUCGGUGAUAGGUGACUUGUUUGUGACGACAUUUGACGGUAGGAUGUUUCUCCAGCCGGGGGCAUGUCAGUACGUGCUGGCAAAGAGCCGCAACAGCCGAUUCACCGUCACACUGCAAUAUACUACCUGUACAGAGCAGCAGGUGUGCAUUCAGUCGGUGACAGUGGUGUUGGACGAAGAUGUGACUCAUCAAAUCACUUUGACCAGAGAGGGGGAGGUGAUAAUUGGUGUAAACCCGGCUCCUGUCUUUCCCUAUGUUGAUGAUGCAGUAGAAGUGCGGAAGCUGACCUCUGUGUUUACACAGCUGAAGGCAGGGAUUGGUCUGAGGCUGCAUUAUGAUGGUCAAGGGGGGCGGGUCUAUCUGCAGCUGGAUAGCCAGUGGCGUGGACAGACGCUGGGCCUUUGUGGAACCUUCAAUGGAAAUCUUCGAGAUGACUUCCUGUCCCCAGCAGGUAUGAUAGAGGGCACUCCUCAGCUUCAUGCAAACGCUUGGAAGGUUUCAUCUGCUUGUGUCGCUCCAGUCAACCUGCCCAUCAUAGACCCAUGUGAGAUGAACCAGCGCAAUGUGUUCUAUGCCUCCCAGUGCGAGGUGCUUUUGGGGAGUGUGUUUGCCCCGUGUCAUGGCUACAUCAGUCCAAACAUCUACCAGCAGCAGUGCCGCUACCAGGCCUGUCGUUGCGGGAGCAGCUGUUUGUGCACAGCACUGGCUCACUACGCUUACCUCUGCUCCAAACACGGAGUCAACGUUAAUUUCAGAUCACACGUCUCUGAAUGUGGAGUGGUGUGUCUUGGAGGCAUGCUGUACCACUCUUGUGUGUCGUCUUGCGGGCGGUCCUGUCGUGCUCUGUCUAGCACGGAGACGUGUAACCCUGACGACUGUGCCGAGGGGUGUGGCUGUCCAGACGGCAGUUACCAUGACAAUGUGCGCCAGCGCUGCGUGCAACUGUCUCAGUGUCACUGUUACUCCAUGGGUGGUGUGUCACAGCCAGGGGAGGUGAGCUUCAGCGCCUCUGGCCCCUGCCUGUGCAGAAAUGGGAAGAUGGAGUGUGUGCCAGAGGAAAAAGAGCCAGAUAGUGUAGAGGUCGGGGAGUGUCCAGAGGGGAAAGUAUACCACAGCUGCACCGAGCAGAGAGGAGGCGUAGCCUGUGCACCGACCUGCCGUAACCUGAUGUUGAACCUUACCUGCCCUCCCAGCACACCAUGCAUCCCUGGCUGUGUCUGCCCUCCUGGGCUGGUGCUGCACCAUAGCGAGUGUUACUUUCCAGAGAACUGCCCCUGUGCCUGGCUGGGCCUUGAAUACCUGCCUGGAGAAACUGUGGAAACAUCAUGCUACAAAUGUGUCUGUCACCGGGGUUAUUUUAACUGCAGCCACUCACCAUGUCCAGCUGUGUGUACUGUCUACAGCGACAGACACUACCACACCUUCGAUGGCCUCGAAUAUGACUACAACUCUGACUGUCAGGUCUACCUGCUUAAAAGUGCAGGAGAAACCGAGGUGUCCAUUGUUGCCCAAAACAAGGACUGCUAUGAGAGCGGCAUUGUGUGCAUGAAAAUACUGGUCAUUCACGUGGGACUUACCAAGAUCUACUUCACAGACAACUCUGGCAACCCUAGCCCGUCCACUGUUGUAGGUCGAGGGUCAGAGUUUGAGCUUUGGAAAGCCGGCUACUACACUGUGGUCUACUUCUCCAAUCAGGACCUGACCAUCCUCUGGGACCGCAAGACGACUGUGCACAUUAGAGCUGGACCUCAGUGGAAGGGCCUUCUCAGUGGGCUAUGUGGAAAUUUUGACAGUGUGACAGUGAAUGAUAUGACCACCUCCAGCCACAUGGAAGUCAAUAAUGCACAGGCCUUUGGUGAUAGCUGGGCCCUGGGACAGUGUCAAAGUGACUACAUAGUUGAGCGACCGUGUGAAGGCGACUUAGGCAGACAGCCGUACGCCAAGAGGGAGUGUGCUCUCCUCUACAGCGAUGUCUUUGCACCCUGUCACAACGUGGUGGAUGUGGCCUGGUUCUAUAGGAACUGCCUGACAGACACUUGCAAUUGUAACCGUGGGGGAGACUGUGAGUGUCUCUGUACAUCCAUCGCUGCAUAUGCACACAAAUGCUGUCAACAGGGUGUCACAAUACACUGGAGAUCACCCUCUGUCUGUCCCUACGAUUGUGAAUACUAUAAUCAAGAGCUAGGCGACGGCCCAUUUUCCUUGGUGAGUGCUGUUUAUAAUGACACCAUGUUUGGAGUGAAUCGCACCAGCAGCUCAGUGUUUCCUCUGGUGAGAGAGAGACCAGGGCAGUUGCCUUCCCCAGGCUUACUGUUCAACUUCAUGAUCACAGCAGGCUUGCAGAAGGACAGAACAUCACGUGUCCCUGUGGUGUCACUGGAGUCUGCAGAGAGGCCAAAUUAUUUCCUUGUCGUGUCGGGACGCAGCCGUCUUCAGUUGGAGCGCUGGAGUCGAGGUCCCGAGUUUAAUCGCAGGGCAACCUUUAUCCAGCACCAGGGACUGUUUCUGACAGGUCGCACCUCAUUCGAGCUUGUCGGUCAACCUGGAAUCUUUCUGACACUGACACGCACUGCUGCACGAGCUCAGAGAUAUGACACCUCAGAGGGCUUCAAAGCCAGCAGCAGCUUCAAACUGGAGGAGAGCACUUUUGUGAUACCCUAUCGUAUGAUGUGUGAGUGGCGCUACCAGGCCUGUGCCAGCCCUUGUGUCCACACGUGCAGUGACCCAGAUGCCACCCGCUGCCACUUCCUGCCUCCUGUGGAGGGCUGCUUCCCACGUUGUCCCAAGAACAUGGUCCUUGAUGAAGUCACUCGAAGAUGUGUCUACAAAGAGGACUGUGUGUCUCUUCCCCCAACUCCGACACCCUUUGCAUAUGUGACGCAGUCGAACAGAACUACGACAGCACCAACAACAACUCCAACUACAACCACAACCACUACGACGACUACUACUACUACCACAAGGCUGAGAACCACAACCACCACCACCACAUCCACCACUACCACAAGAGCAACAACUACCUCCUCCACUACUGUAAGGCCCACAACCCCCACUACCACUCCCACUACUCCCAGUACAACAUCAGCCACUGAGCGUGUCAGCACUCGGCUCACGCCUCCUUCAUCUACAACUCCUGCUGCUCCUCCCACCACUACUGUUUCUACCACACUCACUCCCUCAACCCCGCCAGAGACAACUACUCUCAGCACGACUGAGAUGACCCCCACUCAAACUACGGUAACCACAGGGGUCACUACAACCACCAGCACAGCAACACCCUCCAUUGUAUCCACUGAGGCUACUACAGUCACCCCGACUUCUUCUCCUCCAUCCCCUACUACUCUUUCUUCCACCUCCUCGCCCUCCACUCCUACCUCCCCCACCAUUACCGCACCAUCGCCAACAUUACCAGCAACUUCCACCCCACCUCCUCUAACCUCCGCCUCCACUCAGCCACCACCCACCACAGCCUUCACCCCUUCCCCCACCUCUACCACCUCUGUACCUGAAACGCCCACCGAAACCACAACCACUCCUCAGCCUACACCCGCAGGUACAACCAGCGGCAUAGAGACCAUCACGCCAACAGACACCUCAACAGUUGUUGUGACAACCACAGCACCAUUUCCUACAACCUUCGAGCCCACUACUGAGCCAAGUACCACAGAAAUAAUGCCAAGCCCUGACACCUCUCCGAUAACAGAGGAAGCAUCAACCACGCAUCCCUUCGUCUUGCCCACUUCUCCUUGCACACCUCCGUACUCCUACCGCAUCGAUGAGUGUGCUGAGCUGAUCUGUUUUAAUGGAGAGCUGCUGCUUCACAACUCCUCUCUACACUGUCGCUACAACACCACCCAGCCCCAGUGCAGUCUGUUGGGCCUGCCCAUCCUCAUCAACACAGACCCCUGCUGUCCACAGUGGCAGUGCCCCUGUCGCUGCACUGUGAUGUCAGACCUGCGAGUUAUCACAUUCGAUGGCAACAAUGUGGCCCUGUAUGAUAACGGCUCUUACAUCCUGGUUAAUCUGCCCAGAGAGACUAUUAUUGGCGCCGUGGAAAAAUGUCCCACCAGCCAGAGUGUAAACUCCAUCAGACGAACUAGUCCUACAGGUGGAACAUCUGGUCUGUGUUUUAAGAAGCUGAACAUUACUACCUCCUCCUACAGAAUCAUUAUCAACCGACUGGAUCGCAAGGUGACAGUAAACUACAGACCUGCGAGACUUCCAUUCUCCCGUCACUCUCUUUAUGUGGAAGACACAGGCAGCAUGUACCUGAUCCACACACCUGGCGGGGUUAGCAUACAAUGGUAUCACAGCACCGGCAUCAUGGUACUGCAGUACAUCACUACUUAUAAUGCAUCUGUGCCCACUCGAGGCCUGUGUGGUUGUUGUGAUGGCAACCCAGAAGACGACCUGAAGCUGCCCAAUGGUACAGUGGUCAGAGAGGUGGGAGACAUGGUGCUCUUCCUGCAGGCUUGGAGAGUCCACACCACUGAUGAAACCGAACACACACGCAGAGUCGGAGACAACUGCACCAUCGAGGACUGCUCCACCUGUCUCUCCAUGCUCCGCCAGAGAGCCUUCGUGCCAUGCCACAGCAAGGUCCCUCCGGAGCAGUUCUGCGACAUCAUGUGGGCGGGGGACCUGCACUACAAGGAUCACCAGUGUGACUUCCUGGCGGCGUACGUGGCGGUCUGCUACACACAUCAAGUCUGCAUCAGCUGGAGAAGACACAACUUCUGCCCAUUGCGGUGUCCCCCUGGAAAGGAGUAUCAGCCAUGUGUGAGCACCUGCGCCAGCCGCACCUGUCUGAACACAGAGUACUACGAGGAGACCACCUGCUCCUUCAUCAGAGAGGAGUGUGUGUGCCGCAGUGGAACCAUCCUGCACCGUGCUGACUCCCCUUACUGUGUAACUGAGGAUCGCUGUGUGUGCACAGAUAAUGAGGGUAACCCUCGGUCCCCGGGCGAGGUGUGGAAUGGCUCUGCUCGCGGCUGCUGUCUGUACAAGUGUAUGGAGAAUGGCUCUGUGGUGGCCGUGGAGCCAGACUGCAACUCUGUCCCUACACCGCUGUGUGAGAGGGAAGGAGAGUACGUACUGGAUGUGUUGGAAGAAGGAGCCUGCUGCCCGAAGAAGAUAUGUGAGUGCAACAUGACCAUCUGUGACAGCGAAGCUCCACCUUGUGAUAAUGGGAACCGGCUAGUGAUUGGCUACAGCGCUCUGUCCUGCUGCCCAGAGUACAGAUGUGAGUGUGACCCCAUGGCAUGCCAUCCUGUGCCUGUCCCCAACUGCAGGGAAGAUCAGUUCCUAGUGGAGGUCAGGGGGGGGAAAUCCUGCUGCUUCUCUUACCUGUGUGUGUGUGAGUCAUGUCUUGAACCCAUUCCAACUUGUUCACAUGGAGAAAUUCUGGCCGUGGAUCUAAACUCCACCAACAGUUGCUGCCCACAGUACCAUUGUGUGUGUGAUGUCAACCUGUGCCCUGAAUCAUCUGUGACCUGUACACCUGGUCUCUCUUUGGUUCAAACUGCUGUCCCUGGACAUUGCUGCCCGCAGCACCACUGUGAAUGCCAAUGUGGGGACAGCUCUCUCCCCAUCUGCCAGGUGGGGGAAGUGCUGGUCGUGGUUCCAGACAGCAGCACCAACUGUGACUGUCCUCAGCAUACAUGCCAGAAGGCAGAGGUGUGUCUUUUCCAAGGGCUAACAGUGCUGAGCCCAGGCCAGUCUCUGGUUCAGUACUUUGAAGGAGAGCUGUGUUACACUGUCCACUGCCUGCAUCAAAGAGAUCCAGACUCUGGCUUCUACGCAAUGGAAAUUACCUCUGUCAACUGCUCCCAAAAAUGUGGGCCACACCAGGUGUAUGUAACCUCCAUAGACCCUCAGGUGUGCUGCGGCUCCUGUAAAAAUGUCUCCUGUACUUUUACCAACGAAAACGGGACAACAGAGCUUUUCGCUGCAGGGAGUUCCUGGGUGGAGAACUGUACACGUUAUGAUUGCAUGGAAACAGCAGUGGGAGCGGUGAUACUUGCCUCUGGAGUGAUUUGCCCGCCUUUCAAUGACACAGAGUGUAUUCAGAAUGGCGGGGUGGUUCAGAGCUAUGUGGACGGUUGCUGCAAGACAUGUAAAGAGGAUGGUAAGACAUGCAAACGUGUGGCCAUUCGGACUACCAUUAGAAAAGAUGACUGCAGGAGCAAUGCACCGGUAACAGUCUAUUCUUGUGAUGGGAAAUGCCCGUCUGCCACCAUAUUCAACUUUAACAUCAACAGUCACGCCCGGUUCUGUAAGUGCUGCCGCGAGAGUGGACUACAAACUCGCUCCGUCACACUCUACUGCUCUCGCAACGCCACAGUCGUUGAGUACAACUUUCAAGAGCCUCUGGACUGUUCCUGCCAAUGGAACUAAAUCAAUCUAUCGAUCGAUUCAUUUGAUUUGUCACAUUUAAUCAUAUAAGGUACAAUUCAGGGUCCAGGCAGAGCAUGAAAACCAGCCAUGUUUCAUUUUAUUUGUCGUAAACCGUAGUUGUAACUGGAAAACACUGAUGAAGUGGGGGAUUGUUUUCAAGUAUUUCUGUCUUCACAUUAGUCUUUAUUUUCUUCAAGACCUGCUGUGCCAACCCAGUCAGCUUUCUAGUGCUUUCAAGUGAUGGUACAAUGUUGUUAGGCUCUUAUCCUACUGUAUAUUAACAAUUGAUUAUGUUGACACAAAAGUUGUUGCAUAUUUUACAUCCGCUGUUGGGAUAUUUUGGUUUGUCUUAGGAAAUAAAUUUGGCCUCUGUACAAAUAACAAUGUAAUGCAAAGCUUUGUUUCCUUCGAAAAGUUUGAGUUUCUAAAAUGUAACCUUUUGGGCUCUUUAUAGUUUCCAUAUUUUGAAGUAAAUUAGGGGAAUAAAAGAUGUAACAGUG